GUGUAGUUUUCGUCUUCUUCAUCAUCAUCAUUUUCUGCAUUUCACACUCGGUUCAUCGAAAUGGUCGCCGCAACCUUCGUCGUCGCCGUUAAUCGCCGCAGGUUUGAGCUCCCCACCGUAUCGCCCUCCACCACUCUCCUCGAGUUUCUCCGCUCCCACACUCCCUUCAAGAGCCCCAAGCUCGGCUGCGGCGAAGGUGGUUGUGGUGCGUGUGUUGUGCUGCUUUCCAAGUACGACCCUGUUCUUAACAAAGUAGAGGAUUUCAGUGUGAAUUCAUGCCUCACAUUACUCUGCACCGUCAACCGUUGCUCCAUCACAACCUCCGAAGGCCUCGGCAAUACCAUAGAUGGCUUCCACUCCAUUCACCAGCGCUUCAGCGGCUUCCACGCUUCCCAGUGCGGCUUCUGCACUCCUGGAAUGUGCGUUUCGCUCUUUUCGGCACUCCUCAAUGCCGAGAAGACCACUGAUCGGGUCGAGCCGCCUGCCGGAUUCUCCAAAUUGACUGUUGCAGAAGCUGAGAAUAGUAUUGCUGGCAAUCUCUGCCGCUGCACUGGGUACCGGCCCAUUGCCGACGCCUGCAAGAGCUUCUCGGGUGAGGUUGACAUUGAGGAUUUGGGCUUUAACUCGUUUUGGAUCAAGGGGGAGAGUAAGGAAGCAAUGGUAGAUAGUUUGCCUCGUUAUGAUCGUGACAAUGAGGUCUGUACAUUUCCUGAGUUUUUGAAAGAUGAAAUCAGGUCCUCGUCAGGUUUGGAUUCCGAGAGAUAUGGUUGGUACAGCCCGGCUACUAUUGAGGAACUUAGGAGGUUAGUCGAAGCAAAUGAUUCUGGUCAGAGUAUGAAAUUGGUUGUUGGUAACACCGGGGCGGGGUAUUACAAGGAGUUAGAAUGUUAUGACAGAUACAUUGAUCUCAAUUUUGUUCCAGAGCUUAAUGUAGUUAGGAUGGAUGUGACAGGGCUUAAUGUAGGUGCAGUGGUAACCAUUGCUAGAGUUAUUGAAGCUUUAAAGGAGAAAGCCAGAGGGGAACACAUGUCAAGAGGUGAGGUAGUGUUUGAACGAAUUGCCAAGCAUAUGGAUAAAAUUGCUUCAGGUUUUAUCAGAAACACAGCUAGUAUAGGAGGGAAUUUGGUGAUGGCACAAAGAAAGUACUUCCCUUCAGAUAUUGCUACCAUACUUCUUGCUGUGGAUUCAACAGUGAAUAUCAUGAGUGGUUCUAGAACUGAAAUCAUUACGUUGGAGGAUUUUUUGAAAAGAGCCCCAUUGGAUCCUACAAGUGUGUUUUUAAGUAUUAAAAUCCCAAAUUGGGAAGCAGUUACAAAAGUUUCUGCAGGAUCUGAUACUGUGUUGGUUUUUGAAACCUAUAGAGCUGCACCCAGACCGCUAGGAAAUGCGUUGCCUCAUUUAAAUGCUGCUUUCUUGGCUGAAGUUUCGUCAAGUAAAACUACUAGUGGAUUUACGGUACAUCACUGCUGUUUGUCUUUUGGUGCUUAUGGGACUAAACAUGCAAUUAGAGCAAGAAAUGUUGAGGAAUUUUUAACUGGGAAAACCUUGAGUGCUGAUGUUUUGCGUGAAGCUAUUAAGUUAGUUCGAGCCACUGUGGUUCCUGAAGAAGACAUCACCACUUCUGCUUACAGGUCAAGCUUGGCUAGUGGUUUUGUUUUUGAUUUUUUUAGCUCCUUUAUCGUCAGUGACACUGAAAUUUCUGAUGGUUUCAUGGGGAACCAUCAUUGCAAUUAUGAGAUGCCACCUGUUCUAUCAUCAGCUAAACAAAUGCUUAAUCUAAGUACAGACUAUGAUCCAGUCGGCAAGCCAAUCAUGAAAUCAGGGGCUGCACUCCAAGCUUCAGGUGAGGCUGUGUAUGUAGACGACAUUCCGUCGCCGACAAAUUGCUUGCAUGGGGCGUUCAUUUAUAGUACAAAGCCUCUCGUACGGGUUACAGGAAUAAAUCUCAAAACAAAACCACGGCCAGAUGGAGUUUCUGUCGUCUUAUCUUUUAAAGAUAUCCCCAAAGGUGGGGAGAAUGUUGGAGCAAAAACUUUGUUUGGUACUGAACCGCUUUUUGCUGAUGAUAUUACUCAGUGUGCUGGUCAGCGUCUUGCCUUUGUGGUAGCUGAUACACAGAAAUAUGCAGAUUUGGCUGCAAAUUCUGCAGAUGUUGAUUAUGAAAGGGAAGAUAUGGAGCCACCUAUCCUAUCCGUAGAGGAGGCUAUUAAGAGGUCUAGUUUUUUUGAGGUCCCUCCUUUCUUGUACCCGAAGCAAGUUGGUGAUAUAUCAAAAGGAAUGGCUAUAGCUGAUCACAAGAUUACUUCUGCUCAGAUCAAACUUGGAUCACAAUAUCAUUUCUACAUGGAGACCCAAACUGCCCUUGCUGUACCAGAUGAAGACAACUGCAUAGUGGUUUACACUUCAAGUCAGUGUCCUCAGUUUUCACACACAGUCAUCGCAAAGUGUCUUGGCAUUCCUGAAAGUAAUGUCCGUGUAAUUACAAGAAGGGUUGGUGGGGGUUUCGGAGGAAAGGCCGUAAAAUCCAUUCCUGUUGCAACUGCUUGUGCACUUGCAGCACACAAAUUACAGCGCCCUGUCAGGAUAUAUGUCAAUCGCAAGACGGAUAUGAUAAUGGCAGGAGGAAGGCAUCCCAUGAAGAUAAUUUACAGUGUGGGAUUCAAGUCUGAUGGGAAGAUUACGGCCUUGCAACUUGAUAUAUUGAUCGAUGCAGGGAUGUCUGCAGAUGUAAGUCCAAUUAUGCCAUACAAUCUCCUCGGCGCACUGAAGAAGUAUGAUUGGGGGGCUCUGGCUUUUGAUGUAAAGGUUUGCAAAACUAACAAUCCAAGUAGGACUGCUAUGCGGGGUCCUGGGGAGGUUCAAGGGUCAUAUAUUGCUGAAGCUGUGAUUGAACAUGUAGCAUCUACCCUUUCCAUACAAGUGGAUCAUGUGAGAAAUAUAAAUCUUCACACACAUUCCAGCCUUGAUUUAUUUUAUGCGGAUAGUGUCGGUGAACCUGUGGAGUAUACUUUACCAUUUAUAUGGGACAAGCUGGCUGUGUCUUCAAGCUUUAACCGAAGGACAGACUUAGUAGAAGAAUUCAAUAAAUGCAAUAGAUGGCGGAAACGAGGAAUGUCUCGAGUACCUAUACUACAUCAAGUAUCAGUGAGACCAACUCCAGGGAAAGUGAGCAUUCUAAGUGACGGUUCCGUUGUUGUUGAAGUGGGAGGGAUUGAACUGGGUCAGGGUCUCUGGACAAAAGUCAAACAGAUGGCUGCUUUUGCUCUUGGUUCCGUUCAAUGUGAUGAUAGCGAAGACCUUUUGGAUAAAGUGCGGGUCGUACAAUCUGAUACAGUGAGCUUAAUUCAAGGUGGAUUUACUGCUGGAAGUACUACAUCUGAGUCAAGUUGCCAGGCUGUUAGGUUAUCUUGUCAUAUUUUGGUUGAAAGACUAACUCCCCUGAAGCAAAAAUUACAGGAGCAAAUGUGUUCUAUUAAAUGGGAGAUGCUUAUUGAACAGGCAUACUUACAAGCCUUAAACUUAUCAGCAAGUUCCCUCUAUGCCCCGGAUGUUACUUCCAUGCAAUACCUUAACUAUGGUGCUGCAGUAAGUGAGGUUGAGGUAAAUCUUCUGACUGGAGAAACCAGAAUAUUGCAAUCAGAUAUUAUCUACGAUUGUGGUCAGAGUCUCAACCCUGCUGUGGAUUUAGGACAGAUCGAAGGAGCUUUUGUUCAAGGAAUUGGGUUUUUCAUGCUUGAAGAAUACCUGGAAAAUUCUGAUGGAUUGGUGGUUUCUGAUGGUACAUGGACAUAUAAAAUUCCUUCCAUAGACACUAUACCCAAGCAGUUCAACGUCGAAAUACUAAAUAGUGGACAACACAGCAAACGUGUUCUCUCUUCAAAAGCUUCUGGUGAGCCUCCGUUACUUCUAGCUGUUUCAGUUCACUGCGCCACAAGAGCUGCCAUCCAAGAAGCCAGGAAACAGCUUCUUCAAUGGGGAGGCCUGGAUGGGUCUGCUUCAAUGUUCCAUUUGGCUGUUCCAGCCACCAUGCCUGUUGUAAAGGAGUUAUGUGGGCUGGAAAAUGUGGAGAGCUACUUGGAAUGGAUUGCGAGCAGAAACUGAAUGUGACAGGAGAUGAUAGUAAGGAUCUUGGUAUUUGGAUAUAUUUAUAUUAAAUACGACCCUAAACGUGGGUUACAGUAGUACAUAGGUUACUAGUUACUUCAUAUUUGAAUUUUCACUGUAAAUAUGGGUGCCGUGGACUCAUGAUAUAGGAAAGUUUCAGUACAGUGGUCAAAUUCACAGAAAUGCAAGGCUUAAAUACUG